AUUGACUAUCUGCGACUGCUCUUCUCUUUUGUUCACCUGGACAUUCCUAGUGCAGUGUAUAAAUAAUUCAUGUUACUUUGAAACAACAAAAACCUGCCGUUUUUACUGUUAUACAAUCUGAAGUCUGGCAGGCACUAUCGAUUACGUUUGCUGUGACGUACGUACGUUGUUUGACGAAGUCGGAAAUGAAUUGAAGCUUAGCGUUGGAGAUCAUCAAAAUAGUGAAAUGCUUUAGUUUUCAAAUCGUACAAUUCAGUAACAUAUAGCAGAUAUUCAGCUACACAGACUACCGAUUCCGUUAACGAUUGGUUAGUUACAUUGCUUCGAUCAAGAUGGAGGACACUGGCUCAGAGUCUGUGGCCUCACCACCUUCAGGUGCAGCAAAAUCAAAGUUGGACACGUUGUCCAAGGAUGACCUCAUCAAGUUUGCCAAGAAGCAGAUGGCUGCCAUCCAGAAGAUGAAGUCCAAAUGUGCAGAUUUGGAGAAGGAAGUUGACACCCUCAAGUCUCAGCCAACAGGCAAUUCAGACGACUCUGUCAUACAGGAGCUGACUGAGAGGAUGAGUGCUUUGCUGCUGGAGAAAGCUGAGACCCAGCAGAGUGCAGUGUUACUGCGGAAGGAGAAUGAGAAGGCCAAGCAGCGGGAACAGGAUGCAAUAAGAAAACUGGCCACCCUGCAGGGAGAGUUGAACCAGGCCAAGGAAGACCACCAGAAAAAGAUGGCCACUUUUGAGAAGACCAUGCACGUAUCCCAGGCCAAACAUAAAGAAGAAGUUGAAUUCUUUCAGAGGCUUCUGAGAGAGAAAGACGAGCGUGACAGAGAGAAAGAAAAGCAUAGGGAAAGAGAAAAGGAAGAUACAAACGACAGUGUAGAAGCUGUUAGUCACAGCCUGAAGUCGCAGAUCCUGAGUCUGCAGACGGAGCUAGCUGCAGCGGUGGAGCGAAGCGCCCAGGAGGCUGCAGCGCUGCAGGAGGACCACCAGAGGGCGCAGACAGAGGCCCAGCAGGAAGUAGAGAACCUACGAGAGGAGUUGGCCCAGCAUAGCAUGCAACAUGAAGAGGAGCUGAGAGCUCUGGAGGAGGACUUUGAGAUGGAGAGAGAGAGACUGCUACUUCUCCAAGAGGAGCUCAGUGAGCAGCUCGCUCUCAAAGACAGCUUCCUGCAGGAUGUGCAGGAGGAAGAGGAGGAGCCUAGCGGCCGCAGCUCAGGAAUAGCCAGGAUGUUGGAGCUGUCUGGUUUAAGUCAGAUUGAUGCCAGUGAUGGAGAGACGGAGACUGGACAGCUCCGAUCCGCCUUGGAGGACCUGCAAUCCCAGAAUACAAUGCUGCAAGACGAACUGACCUUCUUGGGCAAUGUGAAGUCUCAACUGGAGGCGGAGCUUGAGAGGAUGAGGGAGGAGUUUCAGACAGAGAAGGAGGAGCUAGAAUUUAAGAUCGAUGAGUUGCUGAUGACCCGGGAGGGUGCGACCCCUGACCUGAAUAUGACCCCUUACCGAGACCCUCUGAGCCCGGCAACCCCCAAGUGUGACCUUCAGGAGGUUCCAGCCCUCACUCAGCUCCAACAGAGUGGGCCACAGAGAGAACCAGCGUACAGCCUGCCUGCCAGCUCUGCUAGCCCCUCCAGCCCUUUCCCUGACACAGACCACCAGAGUUUGACCCUGGAAGAACAGCAGAGACUGAUCCUAGAGGUCCAGGAGCUGAGGAACCAGUGUGAGACCUUAGCUAGAGAGAAUACCCAGGCGGUGGGUGAAUGUGAGUCUCUAGCCAGAGAGAGGCGCCAGGCAGUGGAUGAAUGUGAAUACCUAGCCAGAGAGAGGGGCCAGGCGGUCGCUGAGUGCGAACACACCAGAGACAUCCUGAGAGGCCUGGAGACUGAGCUAGGUCAGAGGACUGGGGACUUCGUCAGACAAUAUGAAGCUAUGAAGGAACAGGGGGCGUCAGCGAUCCAGGAGCUACAGGAGAGAGUCAGAGGGCUAACUGAGGAGAGAGAGAGUCUGGUAGAGAAGUUGAGAGUGCUGAAUGAAGACAGAGACAGCCUGUUGGAGAAGGUCCAGGGCCUGGAGAAGAGGCUGGAGAGCUUCCUGGAGCAGAUACAGGCAGCCGAGGGGCUGAAGGAGCAGCUGCAGACAUCUCUGGAGGAGAAGACAGAAUUAGCUCUCGAGUUUAAGACCUCUCUGGAGGAGAAGACUGUGUUAGCCUCUGAGCUAAAGGCCUCUCUUGAGGAGCAGACAGCGUUAACCCUCGAGCUAAAGGCUUCAGUGGAGGAUCUGAGCAGGCAGAACGGGGAGAUCCUCUCUCAGCUACAGAUGAAGGAGAGUGCUGUUCAGGAGUUGGAGGAUUCACUCAAUGUGGUGAGCACAGAGAGAGACCAAACACUGUCAGCACUGCAGGAGAUGGAGGUGGUGAGGCUGAGGGAGGUGGAGGGGAGGCAAGGCCAAAGAGAAAAGGUGGCUGAGCUACAGGCUCAUAUACAGGAGCUGGAGAAGGAGAGGAGCCUGCUGAAGAGCAGCCUAGGGGAGGUGCAGGGGAGCCCAGGGGAGGAGGUGGAGGAGCUGCAGGCUUGUGUAGAGAAGCUUGAAAAGGAGAGGAACCUCCUGAAGUGUAAUCUGGGGGAGCUGGUGGGAGAUACUGAAGCUCUACAGAGAGACCUGGGAGAGAUGAAACUGGCCAAUGAGAAGAUGAGAACAGAGAACCAGGAACUAUUGGCCCAGGUCAGCAACACUACAGAGACACUGGCAGACAAAGAGAGGGAGCAGAAGGUGGGAGGAGAGACGGAGAGAGAGGAGGAAAAACAAGAGGAGAGGAGAGCGCUACAACAGCAGCUAACAGAAAAGGACAACGUCAUAUCCCAGCUGAAGAGUGAGAUGGCUGUCCUGCAGUCUACAGCCUCCACUGUCUCAGAGGAGAACACCGAGUUCACUGAGAAAAUCGCCCUGCUGGAGAAGGAAAGCAAAGYGAAGYAUGAGAGGAUGAAUAAGAUCAAGGCMGUGGCUGUGAAAGCCAGGAAGGAGCUGGACACCAGCAGGAAAGAGGCUGUGUCUCUGAAGGAGGAAGUGGAGGUGUUGAAGGCUGAGAGAGAGAGAGUGACCAGCUCAAUGAAAGACAUCAUCCAUGGAGCAGAGGGAUACAAGAACUUACAGUUGGACUACGACAGGCAGACAGAGCAGCUGGAUAAGGAGAGAGAGAAGGUGGAGGGAGCUGAGAAACAGAUCUCAGAGCUGACCAAACGACUCAACACCGCCGUACAACAGCAUGAGCAGCUGUGGUCGGAGAGAGAGGACCUGAUGACUGGGAUGGAGACUCUGAGGAGCACGGUGAGACAGAUGGAAGGACAGACAGCAGAACUACACAGACAGACAGACACCCUGAACAGAGACCAUCAGGCUGAGAGACUACUGAAGGAACAAAAGACAAAGGAGCUGUCAUCGUUGCAGAAGGAGGGAGAGGAGUUGACCGCUCAGCUCCGCAGACAGAAGCAGCAGUCUCAGCAGACUGCACAGGAGCUGGAGCAGCUACGCAAGGAGGCCCAGCAGAGCUCGUUGUUGGACAUGGAGAUGGCAGACUAUGAACGCCUGGUCAAAGAACUCAACACCAAACUGUCAGAGAAGGACGUGUGUGUGGAGGAGCUGAAAACACAGAUACACACACACACUCAGAAAGAAUACACACUCAACCAGGAGAUUGAGGGUCUGAAGUCCCAGCUGGACCAGGGGGAGGACAAGAGCGCCAAGAUGAAACAGCUGCUGGUGAAAACCAAGAAAGAUCUGGCGGACGCCAAGCGACAGGAAGCCUCUCAGAUGAUGACCCUGGCCUCUCUGAAGGGAGACCUGGAGACCCACCAACAGAAGCUAGAGAACAGUAAGAUCCAGUGCUGUGACCUGUCUGGGGAGCGCCACCGGCUGCAUGAGCAGCUGAGGACUCUGACGGAACAACAGCAGAGAACAAGCAGCUCCCUGCAACACAGACUGACCUCACUACAGCAGGAGGCUAACACUGCCAAGGCUGAGCUGUCAUUUGUCACUACUGAGUUUGACAGCUAUAAGGUUAGAGUUCACAAUGUCCUCAAACAACAGAAGAACAAGAGUUCGGCCCAGAGUGACGGACACGCCACCAAACAGGAAAGAGAGCAGAUGGAGUCCAUGGUGGACCAGUAUAAAGCCAAGCUGCAGGACAGUCAGCAGAGUCUGGCGGCGAGCACUGCGGAACUACAACAGCUCCAGAUGGAACACACACUGCUGGAACGACACAACAAGAUACUGCAGGAGACCGUCACUAAAGAGGCCGAACUCAGAGAGCGUGUACUCCUGUCUCUCCAGGCGGAGAGUAUGUCGCUGAGGACAGAGCUUGCCCAGACGGUGGGUCAACUUACCUCCCAGGCCGACGCCCAACGCUCAGGGUUCCGGGAGCAGAUCCGCCACCUUCAGGACGAACACAGAACUACAGUAGAGACCCUGCAGAACCAGAUGACCCGGCUGGAGAACCAACUAUUCACAUUGCAGAGCCAGACCGGUAAGACCAGAGAGGCUGAGGAUUGGGUUGAGAGUGGGAAAAGAGGAGGGGGAGGCAUGGAGACCACUGAGACAGAGUCCCUGUCCCCCCCACACACACCCCUACCCUCACUGGAGCAUCUACUCACCUCCCCAGACCCAAAACAGCCGUUUGUUGGGCAGGUGGAGCCGACUAAAGAGGAGUUAAGUCAGAAGUUGGCCACAGCUACACGCAGUAUGGAACACAUGAACAUGCUACUGCAUGAGACCGAGGCUACCAACGCUGUUCUGAUGGAACAGGUCAAUCUGUUGAAGUCUGAGGUGCGUCGUCUGGAGCGUAACCAUGAGAGGGAGAAGAGUGUAGCCAACCUGGAGUAUCUGAAGAAUGUCCUCCUGCAGUUCAUCUUCCUCGGGUCAGGCAGUGAGAGACGGGCUCUGCUCCCCGUCAUACACACCAUGGUACAACUCAGCCCUGAGGAGAAGAAUAAACUGGCUGCUAUCGCAAUGGGUGAGGAGGAGGUGGGAGGAGCUAAAGGCUCAGGAUGGACCUCCUACCUUCACAGCUGGUCUGGCAUCAGAUAAAGACACAUCAACUACUGCCAUCUCACUACCUGCCUUCACUUUCAUCUGAUCAAUAUGUCUGAUCAACUGGAGUUAUUGAAAAGUCUUCAUUUAUUAUUGAUCAUCAUUAAUCUACUUGAAAUGAAGCAAGUGCUGACAGCAGCAAAACAAGCCAAUGCUCUUUGAACUGUUUAGUUACUGGACCGGUGAUGAUUCCUCAAUGCCUCACAUUCAAUACUUUGAUUGUUUUUUACGACUGAAUUUGUAGCUUGGUAAUAAUCCACUCCAUGCAGCACCUAAGUUAAAAUGGUUAAUGAAGUGAACUAUGACUGUGAUAACACAUUUCACUUAAGAUCUAAUGUAGAGUGUUCAAUCGACAAUUAUAACAAUUCACAGCUGUUUCGAUGUAUCAAUAUUGCAUACCAAAGAAUGUUAUGUUAAUAUGUAGGUACGUAGUCUGUAAUUGGUCAAUGUGUGUAUAUAUAGUAAUUAUGUACUUGCUGUGAAAUUACAAUGUUAUUGCAAUGUGGGGCUGCUUUUUUUCAAGUUAACGAAUCAUGCAGAAAGGGUACUGGAUAUCAAUGACUUGGUCAAAUUGAAGCCUCUGCUCUGUAGUCCUAUGGUUGUGCUUCAUAUCACAUCAUCAUUUACAAACAGAUAUCUGCACUUGAAUUUACACAUUUGGUGGACUAGCACCAACUGUGACAUGAGGUAUAGGAGUCACAUUAAGCUCUCAUUUACUAUGACCAGGGCUGCGCCUGAAAUUGUACUCUUAUUUCCCAUAUAUUGCACUAUAUUGGGAUAAAGUGCCGGUUCAGAUUAGGCUCAUCUCUUACCCAGGGUUAUAUGCUAAUGUCAUUGUUCUGUGUUAUUCCUAAGGCAUAUUAAUGAAUGAGGCCAGAUGGGGACAAGUAAUACAUGGGAAUAACUGAAUGUACUCGUAAUGAAUAAUUGGAUAUUUAAACUGGGAAAGUAUAUUGUUAGGCUAUAAAAUAUGAAUGAUUAGUGAUGUUGUAAACUGGUGAGGGUUUCCAGUCCUCACAGUUUGGUUGAAGUUGAUAUCCUCUCUGGGUUAAGACAUGAUUUAGAAAAGGACAAAUAAGUCAAAGUUAAGCAUACAUUUUAGGUCAACCAUUUUAUAUAAAAAGGAGACCUGCAAUCAGUAGCAAAACCACCAUUCUUUUUCCUUAGAGAUUAUUUAACUGUGAAUAAACUUGACAAAUAAUAUAUAUA